UCGAUGCCGUCUCAGACCCCCACUCGCCACGAUACGGCCAGUACCUGUCCCUGGAGCGGGUGCGGGACCUCGUCCAGCCAUCCCCAGCCACGCUCAUGCAAGUGCUGAAGUGGCUGCAAGGCCAUGGGGUUGAGAACUGCAGGAGCGUUAUCACCCUCGAUUUUCUGGAGUGCUGCAUGCCAGCGAGCAUUGCCGAGCGCCUCCUGCCAGGGACUGAGUUCCACCGGUAUGUGAAGGGCCAGCACAGCGUUGUGCGCUCCCCGCUCCCCUACACUGUCCCCGAGGAGCUGGCUGAGCACGUUGACUUUGUGGGUGGUCUGCACCGCUUUCCCGCGGAGAGAAAGGUGGUCAGCAGAGCCUGGGCCAAGAAGGAACCGGAGUCGAGGCAGCACUAUGGAGGGAGAGCGGCUUUCCACCUGGGUGUGACGCCCUCUGUCAUUCGUAAGAGAUACAACAUGACGGGAGGAGACAUCGGGCUGCUGCCGAACAACAGCCAGGCCUGCGCCCAGUUCUUGGAGCAGUAUUUCCACCAGGCUGACCUGGCUGAGUUCAUGCAGCUCUUUGGCAGCAGCUUUGCCCACCGCUCUCAGGUUGACCAAGUGGUUGGGCACCAGGGCAAGGGCAAGGCUGGGCUGGAGGCCAGUCUGGACGUGGAAUACAUCAUGAGCACAGGCGCCAACAUCUCCACGUGGGUCUUCAGCAAUGCAGGGAGGCAUGAGAGCCAGGAGCCCUUCCUGGCCUGGCUGCUGCUGCUCAGCAACAUGUCAUCGCUGCCUUGGGUGCACUCCGUCAGCUACGGGGAUGAUGAGGACAGCCUGUCGCUAGCCUACCUGGAGCGCGUGAACGUGGAGUUCAUGAAGGCAGCUGCCCGGGGCUUGACCAUCCUGUUUGCCUCAGGUGAUGAUGGCGCUGGGUGCAGAAGGGUGCCCGGGGGGAACCACACUUUCCGGCCCAGCUUUCCAGCCUCAAGUCCAUAUGUCACCACUGUGGGUGGAACGACCUUCAAGAACCCCUUCCUGGUGACGGCAGAGGUGACGGACUACAUUAGCGGGGGGGGCUUCAGCAAUGUCUUCCCCAUGCCUGAUUACCAGGUGAGGAGGCGCCUGCUCUGCCCGCCCCGGGGGCUGGGGUGAGGGGGCUGCGUGGCACGUGGUGGGGGUGGUGAUGGACGGUGGUCGGCAGGAGCGGCUGCGGGGCUGCGGGCCGGGGGAGGAAGGGCAGGGGUGAGUGCGGGCAGGGUCCCGCUGCCAGGCACCCCGCUCCUUCUGCCCCCCCGCAGGCUGGUGC